CCCUCCUUUACCUCACAGCCGUGCUGACCUAUUUGACCUGAGCAAAGACCAAGAGAUGAACCUUGCCUACAUUUCUUCUGUUCCGCAUGGCGGCAUUGAACAAGUUCGAAUUCACUGGUUACUGGAAUUAGUUACUCUCAGAGUGAUGAAUGGGAAACUUCACUACAAUUUUACUGCCUUGGAUAACCUUAUGGAUCAUCUGUGGGAAAAUAAGCUAAUUCCAGGAUUUGAAUUGAUGGGGAAUCCAUCAGGAUAUUUUUUAGAUUUUGAAGAUAAAGAACAGGUAGUAAGAUGGAGAAACUUAAUUACACUCGUGGCCAGCAGAUACAUAGGUAAGUAUGGAUUGGAGCAUGUUGCUAAAUGGAAUUUUGAAACGUGGAAUGAACCAGACCACCAUGACUUUGACAAUGUGUCUAUGACAGUGAAAGGGUUUCUCAACUAUUAUGAUGCUUGCUCAGAAGGAUUAAGAGCAGCCAGUCCUCUGCUAAAAUUUGGAGGGCCUGGGGAUUCCUUCCACCCCUUACCUAAGUCACCCAUAUGCUGGAGUCUUCUGUGUCAUUGCUACAAUGGAACCAACUUUUUCACAGGGGAAACUGGUGUAAGGCUGGACUACAUCUCUCUCCAUAAGAAGGGAGGUGGGAGUUCUCUCUACAUCUUGCAACAAGAAGUAGAAGCAGUUGAACAAAUUCAGAAGCUGUUUCCAAAUUUUGCUUCUGUUGCUAUAUACAAUGAUGAAGCAGAUCCAAUGGUUGGAUGGUCCAUUCCACAACUGUGGCGAGCUGAUGUGACCUAUGCAGCUAUGGUUGUAAAGGUGAUCAUCCAGCAUCAAAACCUGCUCAUUUCCAAAGCCAACAACACCAUCAACUACACACUGCUGAGUAAUGACAAUGCAUUCUUGAGCUACUACCCCCAUUACUUCACACAGCGGACUCUGACAGCGCGUUUUCAGAUGAACAAUACAAAGCCACCUCAUGUCCAGAUGGUGCGGAAACCAGUGCUGACUGUCAUGGGCUUGCUGGCACUGCUAGGUGAAAAGCAGAUUUUUGCAGAAGUGAACAGCAGUGAAGGUGAAAGCACUCAAAACAGCACAAUUGGUGUCCUAGCAUCUGUCCACACUCCAAGUGAGAUGCAGCCCUCAGACAGUUGGCAAGCUACUCUACUGAUGUACGCAAGUGAGGAUAACAGGACUUCCUCCAACAUCAGCACUGUCACAGUGAACGCCACCCACUUCCCCAACCUUAGAGAGCUGGUGUAUGUGACAUAUUACCUGGAUAACAACCAAACCAAUCCCUACCUGAAGUGGAAAAACCUAGGAAGCCCUGACUUUCCUUCCCCAGAACAGUUCCAGCAAAUAAGGGAUGCUGAGGACCCAGUGGCAACAGGCCCAUUCCCAUUUCCUGAAGGUGGCAUCCUGACACUGAAGCAAGACUUUCCCAUUCCCUCAGUCUUUCUUAUCCACAUCUGUGCAAGACCCAGAUCUGUUCCUAAUCAAGUGACUGGUGUUCGUUUGAUCCCUCUCACAAAGGGGCAGGUUACUGUGUUGUGGGAUGAUGGCUGUGUAAAUUCAAAGUGUAUAAGGACAUUUGAAGUGGAGUUCUCACCAGAUGGAAAAGCAUACCAGCGGAUUAAUGCCAAAGACACAAUAUUCACUCUGUGGGUUUACAGUCCAGGAAGCUCAGUCUCCGGCUUUUACAGAGUGCGUGCCGUUGACUACUGGGGGAAGGCAGGCCUGUUCUCUCUUCCUGUGGAGUAUGUUGAAGCUUUCAAGUGACUCUGAAGAGUGGUGCCUGGCUUGGU